AUGGACGGACAAGUAAACUCUCAGCCACACGGCAGUACGCGGCACACGCCUCCGUCGCAGCAGAACACCGCGGCGUUGUCAUCGGCUGGCACGGCUGAUAGCGUUUCAGAGGGGCUGGACGUGUUCGACCUGCAGCUGCGCAAAGACUGCGCCAAUGUGCCUGGCUCAUUCAUGGGCGGCUUCAACGUGAACGCGACGGGCCCGUCCCCGUCGCCGACGGUGGCGUUCUCGGCGGCGAUGUUCUCAUCCGUCGCCACCGCGUCACAGGGGCUGGCGUCGACGAUGAGCAACCCGCAGACGACGCGCUGCAUGGUGCGUGACGUGGCACGGCUGAUCUUGAGCUACAUUUCAGCCCACGUGGAGCCGCAGCCGGAGAAGCUGAGCGACGAGUACGAGCGGCAGCUGAUUCUGCAGUUCGUCGAAGAGCUGCAGCGCACCAGCGCGCCACCACCGGCAGGCGUAAUGGGUAGCGGCGACGGUCGCUGGACGAUUGACAAGGAGGUAGUGCUCUCGCUGAAGAACAGCAGGGGCGACGGGCUGCCACCGCCGGGCGCGGAGGUGGCGCGGCCGCAUCACCCGUACGCUGUCUGCGGUGCCGCCGGCAGUAGCCCGCGCCUUAUGACGCAGCAGCAGCAGCAACUCUGGCGUGGCACCCCGCCAAUCAUUGCGGGAGGCGGCGGCAUGUACGGUGGUGUGGCAACUGUCAAUGGAAACAGCGGCGGCAGCAACAAUAACAGCAGCACCAACAUCCCUGCUGCCGCUGGUGUCGGGGUCGGUGCUAGCAACGGCAUUGCUCGUAGUUGUUUCGCCCCGAUAGAGAACCUCAGCCCAGCGGGCGUAGGGACGAGCGCUGCCCAGUACGUCGGCCUCAGCGCGACGUCGCUAAGCAAACGCGUAGGUGGCGGCGACGUAAUUCGCCCGCAGCCGCACCACCCGAGGAGCGGAGGCAGGGGUGUGGUGAGCCACCGUCACGCCAUUCCCGGCACGAAGAAGGUGCUGCGCUCUGCCAGCUCCGCAUUCUCCGAGUGCUCAGCGGGGGAUACGGGCGAGGUGAGCAGCUCCAUGUCUCGCACGACUGUUGGCAGAAGCACUGGGAUCAAAUAA